GUCGAAGAGAGCCAAGGGCUUCCGGAAUGAACCGAAGCGUCGCCGACAGUUUCCGGAAAGAGCCGAAGGGUUCCGAGCGCCGGCGCGGAAGCUCAAUCAUGGCGACGCCCGGCGCGGGCGCGGCGGAGGAGAACGCGGAGCCGCUGGGAGACGAGGCUCUGGCCGCGGCGCGGGAGCGCAGCCACCGCCUCUUGAGCGGCCUGGCGCUGGUGAAGCAGGGCGCCGAGGCUCGAGUGUUUCGCGGCAGCUUCCAGGGCCGCGCGGCCGUGGUGAAGCACCGCUUCCCCAAGGGCUACCGGCACCCGGCGCUGGAGGCGCGGCUCGGCCGGCGGCGGACGGUGCAGGAGGCCCGGGCGCUGCUCCGCUGCCGCCGUGCAGGAAUUUCUGCCCCGGUUGUCUUCUUUGUGGACUAUGCUUCCAACUGCUUAUACAUGGAAGAAAUUGAAGACUCUGUGACUGUCCGAGAUUAUAUUCAGUCCACUAUGGAGACUGAAAAAACUCCUCAAAGUCUCUUCAGUUUAGCCAAGACAGUUGGACAGGUUUUGGCUCGAAUGCAUGACCAGGACCUUAUUCAUGGUGACCUCACCACCUCAAACAUGCUCCUGAAACCCCCUCUGGAUCAGCUGAACAUCGUGCUCAUAGACUUUGGACUGAGUUUCAUCUCGUCACUUCCGGAAGAUAAGGGAGUUGACCUCUAUGUACUAGAGAAAGCUUUCCUCAGUACCCAUCCCAACACCGAGACUGUGUUUGAAGCCUUUCUGAAGAGCUAUUCCACCUCCUCCAAAAAGGCUACACCAGUGCUAAAAAAAUUAGAUGAAGUACGCCUGAGAGGAAGAAAGAGGUCCAUGGUUGGUUAGGAGAAUGUGUUUGACAGACACAGUAAAGCUGUUUACUUCAAAGUAAAUUUGAAGGAAAUAUACAAAUAAGAGAACAGACCUAAAUAAAUAAAAGGGCUGUGAUU